AUGUCCUCCGCUUCGUCUUAUGCAUCAUCCCACGGUGCCAUGGCAUCCAAAUUGCGCACGCUAGCAUUGGGAUCGAAGCCUCACGUCAACAUUGUCUUGCAUGAUGAACGACCAUCAUACUCAACCUUAGAUAAGCUUUCUGGCAAAGUCGAGAUCGCCGUUUCGCACAGCACGAGGUUUGAUGAACUCGAAAUCCAAUUUAUCGGUAUGUCUUACAAUGUCGUGUCACUUUCAUAUGAUGACUGA